AUGGCCUUGCGGCCAACGCAUUCGGCUGGAAGGCCACGCCUGUUCUUCUCCUCCGAGAAGGCGCGCAAAGGCACGACUUUCUGUGGCCUUCGACUGAUCAUGUCAGGGAGACGGAAGGUGCCUAGGAGAACUCGAACGAUGACGAACUUGCUAUAUGUGUCCGCGGUCGUGGCCACAGCAAACGGCAGCAGCAUUGGCAGCACAGAGAUACGCUGUACAGAAUUGCCCACAUCUCCAGGCGGCUGCGAUAGUGAGGCAGUGGCUGGCGCAUGCUAUUCCACCCGAACGGGCGUGAAUUGGGCAUGUGGAGCGCCAAGCAGUAGUUGCAUGACUGUUCCUUUACCGCCGCCAAAUGGUGGCGCGUAUGAGGGCUAUUGCAGUUUCGCCGGUGAUACGGUUACAGCUACUAGCACAUCACGGUCUACAACCGUUUCUGGUACCAGCACAACGCACACCACCACUAGCUCUGUGAGCACGAGCUCGCUCAGCACUAGCAGUGUUACAAUGACAACUACACUGCCUUUUCCACCAGAAGGAAGUCCUGUUGCCGAGCACGGACAGCUUAGGGUCGUUGGGACUCAAAUAGUGGGUCAGCACGGCGAAUCUGUCCGGCUCCGUGGCAUGUCACUCUUUUGGUCACAGUGGGGAGGUGCGUACUGGAAUGAGGAUACGCUCAGGUGGCUUCGGCGAGAUUGGGGCAUUGAGAUGAUCCGUGCUGCCAUGGGGGUGGAAGCUGGUGGAUAUUUAGAUCGACCAGACAUCGAGCUUCAUAAGCUCAAGCGUGUGAUCUACGCUGCUCAUGCUCUAGGCAUUUAUGUCAUUGUCGACUGGCACGACCAUCAUGCCAUCAGGAACGCUGCAAAAGCAAAGACCUUUUUCCGUGAGAUUGCGAAAACCUAUGGCCAUCUGCCGAAUGUUCUGUUCGAGACAUUCAACGAACCGACUUGGCAGAGCUGGAGCCAGGCCGUCAAGCCGUACCACCAGAACAUACUGAAGGUGAUUCGGGAGUAUUCCGACAAUAUCGUUAUUUGCGGAACUCCAACCUGGUCGCAAGAUGUUGAUGUUGCGUCGCAUCAUCGCAUUCAAGGCGUGAAAAACAUCGUAUACACCCUGCACUUCUAUGCGGGAACGCAUACUCAGUACCUCAGGGACAAAGCUCUGAAGGCCCUGGAUAGCGGAGUAGCAUUGUUUGUAUCGGAGUGGGGGACGUGUGAAGCCAACGGGAAUGGACAUCUGGACCUUGAGGAGGCGCAGAAAUGGGAGGAUUUCAUGGCAGAGUACAAUAUUUCAGAUGCAAACUGGGCAGUCAACGACAAGAAGGAGUCUUGUUCUGCACUUGAGCCCGGCGCUGCCACCAACGGCCACUGGGGGCCGGCCGACCUCACACCCUCGGGACGCUGGGUUAGAGCCUCUUUGCGCCAUCACGCGUUUGGAACCCCGUUGCCAUGGGUCUCUACGACAGAUGCUCCCUCCGCUGGCAAUGCAUCGGAGCAAAACGAUACCCAGAUCUCUAGCUCGACCGAUUCAGCCUCUGAAAGCGAUCGGAGGUUGAACUCUCAACAGGCUCUUUACGAUCUUCCGCUGAGCGCUGCUGUGACGAAAACCUACAACACAGUUGCGGUCGUGCUAGCAUUUGGGCUAUUGCUUUUUCCGUGGAGCUGUCCGUCUUAA